AAUUGAAAGUAUUUGUUUUAUUAAUACAUAUGUUAAUAUUUGACAAACAAAGUAAAAUGAAUUUGUUUGUUGAUAUAUUGUCAUUUUAAUCAUACGAGGAAAGAAGAAAAAAUGAGUAGUUUUUACGGAUAUUUUAUACAAUACUAAUGCAACAUUUGUUAUGAAACAGAAUGCUUUUAAUGGUCCUUACGCAAGCUCAUAAAACGGAAAACUGAUAUGAGCGUAUCACGCCCUUAUCGCAUAAUAUAAAUUUAUGUGACAAUACCUUUCUAUUAUGGCUAGCGAUAGCAGAAGCAAUGGCGGUAGCAUUAAUAUUACCAAGUCGCUUCGUUGUAAUGUAUAGCUGUACGCGCGGUGCUCUCUCUCUCUCUCUCUCUCUCUCUCUCUCUCUCUCCCCCCCCCUCUCUCUCUCUCUCUCUGCGGCUCACAAAGCAAAUAAUACACUUCACAUGCAAAAUACUACACGUAUAGAAUGUCUCACGAUAUAAAACUGUACCAGUGUGUUUUUUGUUUUGUAUAUCUUUGAUAUCAAGCUUGUAUUCACAAACGACCGAUAUAUUAAAAUGUAACACACUUAUCAAUGUAUUGAUAUUUUUCAUAUUUGUUAAGUGUUAAAUAAAGCUUUGUAUAAGCACUUGUUUAUAUAGUAAGGUUUUUUUUCCUAUCUAUAGAGCCGAAACAUACUGGCAUGGUUGACUGUUAAAUUCCAGAACACUAUAUAUUUCAAUUGUGGAACUUGCGUUAAUUGUGCAUGAGCGUGAUUACUAUGUUAGUUUUAUCAUCCUCUUGUACAUGAAUAAUGGUAAACAAGUGAGCACAUAAAUUCAACGCAAGCGCAUUUAAAAGUGACUUCGAGGAUUUCUGACGCACUGUCUUUUAAUUGAUCGAUCGAUCCAAUGUACGCGGGCGUUCAAAAGCGCUCAAAACAAAUAUAAUGAAUAUAUGUAAAUAUUGCAUGUGGUACAUUUGUCGCUUAUAAAUACCAAAGUGCAUAGGUGGUUCUGUCUGUUUUAUCGAAGCGUCGCAUCGCUCUUAAAAUUCGUAACAGGCUGGCAACAAGCUGGGAUAACGUAACCAAACUCAAUUCUGCCAACAAUCCAAGUUUCAAAACUAAAUUUUCUAGCCCGAUAUGUAAUCGUUUUGUCUCUUUCUUGCGUCUACCAAAAGUGAGUGUGUUAGAGAGAAAGAGAGAGAGAGAGAGAGAGAGAGAGUGUGUGUGUGUGUGUGUGUUUACUAUACAAAAUACGCGAGAAGAUAUGGCAAGGCAGUAAUAAAAAUUAACAUCGCACACGUUUUUUGGGCUCUUUGUCACGCAAUGAAAUUUACACACGUUUAUAAAUAAUUACAAGAAAUUCGACAAACACACGUGAUUGUCGAUUUACAAUCACUCGGUUGUCGGUUUAAUAAAACAGUCCAAGUUCUGAAUUUUUGUUGACUAUGUAUUUCUUUACUAUAUGUAUACUUGCAAAGAGAAGCCGAAAACCAGUUUACGUUGUCCUUUACAAGAAAACCGUUUUAGGUCGUAGAAGAAAUAAAAAAUCUGAGGAGAAAAUAUAUAUUUCGAACACUAUGAGGUUUGUCAAUCUAAUUUUGCGUAAUAUCGUUGCAAAGAGCUAUGCAAUUCGUCAUCGAAUCUAUGAUUGUAUUAACCUUCAACAUCCCAAGACGAAAUGAUCAACAGCACGUGAUACGAUAUGCGAUAUCGAUAUCUUUACUGCCGCUCGAGCACGCACUAUGCUACGAUCUUUAACAGGUUUGCUCUAGCAGGCUACACUAUCGACAGGCAACAUAACUAUCAUCCCUCGAAUCUGUUCUUGGCCUUCUUAUUAUCGUGCACCAUCUGCGCGACAGAAUGAACAAACAAUUCGCGAAGAAGAACGUGGUACAUUCGACGGCAAGAAGAUAAGAUUACGUGCUAAUGGACAUGAGUGAGACACGAGUGUGACUGUGCAUCGCGAAACUGAUCGUUUUCGAACCCACGUGUGAGAUCAUAGACGUUUGUUCUCAAGGAGAUUGCUUUCCAGUGAUCGUUUCAGAAUGAAUACGACGAACUACCACGGCGUAAUCACUACCAUGACCGAUAUCGUUAAGCCUGAGGUAAGACUAAGCACCACUAUAAGCAGCAUCAUGGACGAUCUCGACGUUUCGCCGGUAACUUUGUCAUCGGCGUGGUCUAGAGUAGCGCGACUUCUGCUGCUGGCUUCUCUCGCGGUCGGCGGGAGCGUAGGCAACGUCUUCAUGAUAUCCGCCGUGGUAGUGGAGGAUCAACUCAACAAGCGAGGAAACGCAUUUCUCGUGAACGUGGCACUAGCGGAUCUGCUGGUGACCGGCCUGGUAAUACCGGUCUCGGUGAUUGUGAUUCUGGCGGGCCAUGAAGAGUCCCUGGGCACCUGCCGAUUUGAGUGGACUCUCGAGGCUCUGUGCUUUUUAGUGACCGUACUGACAUUGGCUAUAAUCGCCUGCGAAAAUUACGCACGUCUAUGUAUGUCCGCCGAGAGAUACGCUCGUGUGACAACGGGCUGCGUGACAGGCUGCAUCAUCGUCAUCUGGAUACUCGCCAUCGUCGCGGUAGGCUUGCAAUCGUUGCUAGAUGUAGGUCCCGAUUUUUGUCGCCGUAAGCUCAGCAGCAUCGCGUUAGAGCAAGUGAUCGGAGCGAGCAUACUGGUCGGACUGCCCGCUCUAACGACGAUCUUCCUGUACGCGAAGUUGGUGUUGCGCGUGCGACACGCCACACGGUCGUACAAGCCGCCGGCCGCCUUCUCCUGGGACUACGAGCUCACAAAAGCGAACAUGUACAGCUGCGUGAUGUUCGCCGUGUUCUGGCUGCCGUUUGGCAUUGUGGUUUGCGUUAAUUCCUUCAGGCCGGUCUCUCCGCGAGUGCUCUACAUUCUGGCCUGGUUCGCUCUGUCCAAAUCCUGCUUCAACAAUCUGCUUUAUUGCGUAGUGAAUCGUCACUUUCGCAGCGCUUAUGUCAAGCUCUUCCAUUACUGCUGCUGCAAGACUACGGUGAGCUUCUCAAGACGACCUCGCGGCGGCGAAGGCGGCAGAAAUUCUAGCGACGUGCGCCUCCGAGUUCACAUCAUUCAUUCAUACGCGAGCCCGUCAUCCUGUCGUCCGACCGUGGUUAGGCCCAACGGACGAGCGACAGGACGUGAUGUCUAUGAACUUUAAAAACGCGAUGCACUUGAAGUAUAGAAAGAGAAUGUGUUGACAAAGAUGCGUCCGCAUCACAUCCAUCUUCGUACAUUGGACGUAUGUAACGCGAAUCCGUUUUUACGAGACAGAUGAUCGCUGUGAAGUGCAACAUCAUCGUCCUGAUGUCGUCUCGAAUAUGAUCCUGUAGGAAGUAUUAAUUUUAUCUCUUCGUCACAUACACACGCCUACAAAAUUUUCUAAGAAAAUCGAGUUAUUUACUGAGUCACUCUCUAUGUAAAAGAUCUUGUUUUUAUAAGAAUAACAAAACCCUACAAAAGUUGUUUUUCGAGCAGAAUUAUAAUUAAAUGAUUAUAAUUAAAAAUAUUGAUUAUCACAUGUACACAAAAGUAAGAGUAUUGCCUAUAUAAUUUUCAGAUUCGUUUAGUCUAUUUGUAUAAACUACUUGUACUUGAUGAUUUGAGUUUCAACACUUUAUAAAAAUAUUGCUAUUUUUUGAUAUUAUUGUUAUACAAGGCAGUUAAAACCUAAGAAGAACAACAUCGGCACUAAAGGUAUACAUAACAUAAUAAAUGUAACGGCGUUUAGUAUUUAAUUAUCCACAGAAAAAUCAAGUUUAUUGGAUGUAAGAAAUAGACUUGUUGAAAUUGAAAGAAUUCAAUAUUUUUGACACGAACGGUUGCCGUCCAGUGGGUACGUGUUCUCUAACAAAAAUCAUUAGAUUUACUUUUCGAAGUGUUUUAUAUCGUAGUUAUACGCAGGUCAAAACGAGAUAUAUUUUCAGAAUUUCACAAAAAUAUGAUGUCAAAAAUAUUCAGGUGUUUAUCAAUAUUAAAGAGUGAUGUUGUUUUGAGCAAAAGACGUCGAGAUAUUCAAUUGCAGAAGAUUUCUGCUUAUUAUUGAUCACGUUGUUUUAAAGACGGUGCAUCUUCUUAUUUCAGUCGAGAGAAUGCUCGACGUUUUCAGCCAAGAAAACGUCUAAGGCCGAGGUAAAAGCCUGAUUUUUGUAAGAAUUCUUGUCUCGCGUAGAGAAACAAAAAAAUGGGAAAUAAUGGUUUUUUUUUUACUCGCAACUGUAUUUUAUCUGAUUGCAAGACGAGAGACAUAAAAUGAGAAUGGAUGAGAAAAUAAGAUUUCCCAAUUUCGAUUAAAUUUCUCGACGGAGCUUAACCAGGGAUUCCGGGACAGAAGAGGUUGCAAAGUUAUAUACGUGGCAUGUUGGAAGGGGAGUACUUGACACCGGUAGGCUAUAAGUACGUUGUAUUUGAGAUUUAAGCUCAACGAACAUACGGCUGGUAGCCGCAAGCGCCAUAUUCCAAAUUAUGGCGGUCUCGCCGCAGUAAGUCAGCAGAGUAGAUGAAAAUACCGUAACGUUUAAGGAGAUACUUGGCGCUCAUCAUUCCCCGAAGGUAAUAACAUUCCGGUAACGAAGAGCGAAGUCAAAUAGCCUCGGAUAAGGGCGAUUCGAUGAUAAAGAUGGCAAUAAUAUCAGUUAAAACUUUCAGUACUUACUUUGCUCGUCUAGUUGGUUUCGGUGUUUGGUGCAAUUUAGCGAGAUUCCUUUGAAAGGACGGGAAAAAGUAGCAUUACCCGGCCAUUUAUUAUGUAAAACGAGAGCGAUUACUUGCGGCGAAGAUCUUUUCGAUAACGAUUGAUAAAGAAUAAAGAGGCGAAUCAAGUACCGUAAUGUAUGCCACUUUAUUAGUAAAAAUAUAUAAACUUUAAGAAUAUAUCGAUAAAUAUUAAAUAUAUAUAUCACAACAUAAAUUCGGUGAAAAAACUAAAAAUAAGUUGAUGGAUGCAGAGUGUUUUGCAUGUAACUAGAACCGUGGCAAUUUGCGUAAUCUGUAAUCCUUAAAAUUUACUAAUUAAGAAACUUUUCCUCGUCUUGUCUUCAUAUAUAGAUUCGCUGUUUCUUAUAAAACCAAAACUCUCUCUUUGUGACGCUGCCAUCGAUCCACUUAAUUUUAAAUCUACAUAU